AAAUCUGUAGAUGAAGUUCUCCGUCUGUCCAGCAGGUGGCCUCACAGCCUCCAGCAGCGCUGCGGCUUCAGGAAAGCCGCCAAGAAACCAGAGACGAAGAAGGUGGAGGAGGAGCUGGGCGCCGAGGCUGCGGUCCACCGCCGUCCCCCCGACCCCCGACCGGAGCAGCCGCAGCACGCCGCCCCCAGCUCCCCGCGGGCCUUCGGCCGGCUGCUGCGACCGCUCGUCUUCACCGUGGGGUUUACAGGCUGCUCCUUCGGCUCGGCGGCCAUCUGGCAGUACGAGUCUCUCAAGUCUCGAGUCCAGAGCUACUUCGACGAGAUCAGAGCCGAUUGGCUGGAGAAGCUGCGACCUCCGAAACGAGGAGACGUCCGCAAAGAGAUCAACCAAUGGUGGAACAGCUUGAGUGAGGGUCAGAGGACGGUCACAGGGAUCAUUGCUGCUAACGCCGUGGUGUUCUGCUGUUGGAGAGUCCCGUCUCUGCAGCGCUACAUGAUCAAAUACUUCACCUCCAACCCGACGUCCAAGACGCUGUGCUCCCCGAUGCUCCUCUCCGCCUUCAGCCACUUCUCCUUCUUCCACAUGGCGGCCAACAUGUACGUCCUGUGGAGCUUCUCCAGCAGCGCCGUGUCCAUGCUGGGCAGAGAGCAGUUCGUGGCCGUCUACCUGUCGGCAGGUGUAAUUUCUUCGUUUGUCAGUUACGUGUGUAAGACGGCCACCGGGAGGUUCGGUCCGUCUCUGGGAGCCUCCGGAGCCAUCAUGACCGUCCUCGCCGCCGUCUGCACCAAAAUGCCCGAAGCCAAACUGUCCAUCAUCUUCCUCCCGAUGUUCACCUUCACCGCCGCAAACGCUCUGAAGGCCAUCGUCGCCAUGGAUACGGCCGGCGUGGUGCUGGGAUGGAAGUUCUUUGACCACGCGGCUCAUUUAGGAGGAGCCAUGUUUGGGAUGUGAGUCUGUGUUCAUUUU